CGGCAGGUUUCCCUUCCAUGACGGCGGCCUCCCCGCACGAGAUGACAACUGUGGCGGCGGCGGCGCGGCAGCAACAGCGCCGCCACGAGGGUUUCCUACGCAACGCACAAUGCGCCAACGCCGAGAACAAUGCGCAGAGGGAAGAUCAGAAGAUAUUUUUGGGGAAAAGUUGUUCCUAGGCAUCUACUAAAGUAUAGUCAUACAGAAUUCCUUCUGGGACCAGACAUCUCAACUUAAAGUCAAGAAAUGAGUUCUUUGGAAAAGAAUUGUGUUCCUUCAUCCUCCAGAACAGAACGUCUUCAGCAGUGGCAGCAAUGCUACCCCAGUGAUUUGAGCUGUCCUAUCUGUCUCCAAACUGCCAAUUUCCCUGUAGAAACCAACUGUGGACAUGUCUUUUGUGGUUACUGUCUAAUUGGAUACUGGAAACAUGGGUCUUGGCUGAAUGCAAUCAACUGUCCACUUUGCAGGCAAAAACAGAAGACAAACAGUAGAACUUUGGUUCUCAACAUCUUGGGGUGGUGUUUUUUUUUUUUUGGCAAGGUUGUUUUUUUGCACACCUGUUCUGAAAACCAGCCUGACAAGAAAAACAAGCGAACUUUCUAUGACAUCAGAACUUACAACAGACGCUUCUCGGGAUACCCUCAGCCUUUUAUAGAUCAUCUUUAUGACAUGCCAGUCCUUCUUCCUGUUAUCCUAAGAGGAAUCUUCACGCUAGCUACUCUCAUGUGGGUCUUCUUCUUCAGAGUUGUCAUCUGUUUUUUUGGAACCAUCGUGUGCACGACCUGCCCACUUGAAGGGAUGCCUGAUCUUUGUAGAACCUUGCAGAUAGCUGAUAACAUAGCUGCCAUAGUCUUACUUUUGAUUAGCUUUAUAAACAUUUGCCCUCAAACGGAAUCAGAAGGUGCAAACAGGACGCUCUCUAGGGAAUAAAACAUUACCUUGGCAUCAUAAGGGAGGGAACUGCAUUGUCUCUGAAAAGUCAAAAUUAACCAGCCUGAUAGUGGACUUAGUUUAAAAAAGUGAUUAAGGGCUAAUGUGUUGCAUUGUAGUGUAAGCAAACAAUAGAGAAUAUAUUGGCUGGAUGUUCUUAUGCUAAUAAAGGACUUAAAACCAGUGAGGUCUCAGAGUCUUUAAACAGGUAUUGCUGCUGUUUUAAGAAUAUAUUUUAGAGUAUCUUAAGGAAGACUGAAUAAUUGAUAUAUCCCUGAUUAGGACAUACUGUAGAUGCUGGUAGUUAGGAGCAGGCACAGGAAUUAGGAAGCAAAAAGUACUGAGAAAAUGAAGAAAUGGCAGUACUGGAUAAAGUAUAUAUCUAAGUCUAGAUGUUAGUAGAGUAGAGUAGAGUAGAAUAGAAUAGAGUAGAGUAGAGUUUUCCACGCACAUAUGUGCUAGUCGUUCCUGCUGUAGGGGUGGUAUUCAUCUCUGUUUCUAAGCCAAGGAGCCAGCUCUGUCCAAAGACAUCUCCAUGGUCAUGUGGCAUGACUAAAUGCCAA